CGCCCCGCCCCCUGCACUAGGAAGUGACCUAAGCGGCAGCAAGGCGCGGCCGGCCUCGCCAGCAGCGCCGCGGGCGCGGGCCGCGCGCACCAUGCCAGCCGGACGGCCUCUGGGCACGCGGGCGCGGCGCCGGCGUGGCAGGUGCUGUCACUCAUCCCACCCCAGUAAAGAGCACCUGAGGCUGGAUGGUCAUGGGGGAGCCCGGUAGAGAGGAGUACAGAAUCCAGUCUUUUGAUGCAGAGAGCCAGCAGCUGCUGAAGACAGCACUCAAAGAUCCAGGUGCCGUGGACUUGGAGAAGGUGGCCAAUGUGAUUGUGGACCAUUCUCUGCAGGACUGUGUGUUCAGCAAGGAAGCAGGACGCAUGUGCUACGCCAUCAUUCAGGCGGAGAGCAAGCAAGCCGGCCAGAGUGUCUUCCGCCGCGGACUCCUCAACCGGCUGCAGCAGGAGUACCAGGCUCGGGAGCAGCUUCGAGCACGAUCCCUGCAAGGCUGGGUCUGCUACGUCACCUUUAUCUGCAACAUCUUUGACUACCUGAGGGUGAACAACAUGCCCAUGAUGGCCCUGGUGAACCCGGUCUACGACUGCCUCUUCCGGCUGGCCCAGCCUGACAGUCUGAGCAAGGAGGAGGAGGUGGACUGCCUGGUGCUGCAGCUGCAUCGCGUCGGGGAGCAGCUGGAGAAGAUGAACAGGCAGCGUAUGGAUGAGCUCUUUGUCCUGAUCCGGGAUGGCUUCCUGCUCCCAACGGGCCUCAGCUCCCUGGCCCAGCUGCUGCUGCUGGAGACCAUCGAGUUCCGGGCGGCCGGCUGGAAGACGACCCCAGCUGCCCACAAGUACUACUACAGCGAGCUAUCGGACUAGGGCCCCAGACCAGGCUUCCUCCCCAGCAGCGCUGGCCUUUCUCCUACCCACUCCCCAACCUGGCAGUGGGGUCCUUGUCUCACCUUCCAGACUUUCAAAAGCACUCGUUUCCCACUCACACGGCGGUGCGGCCCUGAGCACCUUCCUUCCCUGACCCCAGGAUGGGAAGACCCUACACACCUGCCCCAGUUCCAUCAGCCUUUCUCUCAUCCCCUUCAACCUGGACCAGGCAGAGAAGGGCAACUCCUGACAAGCACUGCACUAACCAUCACUGCAGCAGCUAGCUUGGUGCCUCAGUUCCCCAUCUGGAAAAUGGGGAGCCAUCGCCAUGGGUGGGGUGCUUUGGGGUAUCAAAGAGAGAAGCAGAGCACAAGUCACACUGCUUUUUAUACAUUUUGUACAAGGAUCACUUUGGAGCCAAGCACCCUUCCUGCCGCUGGUUUUAAUGAAGGGCACUACCACAUCGCAAGCCACACCACUUCAGGAUGAGAAUUUUCUAAUAAACAUUUUCUGAUACUAAAA